AUGAGUACCAAAUCCAACGACGUGAACAUCGUUGCCACCCACGAUGAGCACCACGCGCCCGUGUUUGGUGCCAACGAGCCCAUCACCGGCUUCGAUGCUGAGACCAGCAAUGUCCCCAAGGGAUAUUUCUACAGCCCCUAUUUUCUCGGCUCCAUGGCUGCAAUAGGGCUGAGUCUGAUGGGUAGUGUGGGUGGCUUUGCCCUCGCGGCGCCUAUUCUCAGCUAUAUCAACGCCGACAUUGGACCUGACCCCAACAUUACCUGGGUACCUCUGGUGUUCCCGCUAGGCCUGGCUGUCGGCCUCACUCUAGUCGGACGUCUAUCUGACCUGUUUGGCCGGCGAUGGUUCUUCACUGGCGGGCAAGCUCUUGGUUGCAUUGGAGCUAUUGUCUGUGCAACGGCAAGGAACGUUCCCACUCUCAUUGGCGGUACCACUAUCGUUGGCGUGGCGGCUUCGACCGCACUAUCCUUCUCCUUCCUCACCGGCGAGCUAGUGCCUAUGAAAUAUCGCUUUAUUGGGACUUCAUAUGCCUAUCUUUGGGUCAUCCCUUUCUCGGGCCUGGCUCCUGCUAUCGCCAAUAGCCUCGUUGUCAAUGCAAACUGGCGAUGGUGUUACUAUCUCAUGAUCAUCUUCGACGGACUCGCCUUCGUGGCGUAUUUCUUCUUCUAUCACCCGCCAACCUUUGAGAUGAAACACAAGAGCGCGACUCGAGCUGCUUUCGUCCGGAACUUCGACUACAUCGGGACAGUCCUCUUCACUGGCGGUAUGGUAGUCUUUCUCCUCGGUAUUUCGUGGGGAGGAAGUGUCUAUCCGUGGAAAUCGGCAGCCGUUAUUUCUACCAUCGUUAUUGGAGCAUUGGCACUCAUCGGCUUCGUGGUUUGGGAGUGUUUUGCAAACCUCGAGGAGCCCCUGGUGCCCAUGCACCUCUUCAGGAACCGGGAUUUCAACAUCACCUGCGGUUUGCUUGCCAUUGGAGCCAGCGUCUAUUACGCUUUUGGAAUUGUGUGGCCCUCUAUGGUCAAUGUUCUCUAUGCCAGUGGUGACCCGAUCUAUGCUGGGUGGCUACAGUGCUGUGUUGGCGGCGCCUUCACUCUGGGCCAGGUGACAGGAGGCUUUUUAUGUGAGGCGAUUGGCAACUCGAGACUCCAAAUUAUCGCGGUCACCACCGUCGGUGGCGCAUUGCUUGCUUCAACUGCUGCAGCCACCUUGGACAAUGUCUCGCUGCCCAUCGGCCUGCUCAUUGUAGGGAAUUUCGCGAUUGGCUGGAUGGAGUCUCUGGCACAGACACUCUGCGGAAUCUGUGUGAACGACCAGAAAGAGAUUGGUAUUGCCGUCGGCAUCGCUGGAUCCAUCCGCUCGGGAAUCUCGACGUUAGCUUCCACCAUUUACGUGGUGGUUCUUAACAACCGACUUGCAGAGACUGUUCCCGCUACUGUCGGGCCAGCUGCAACAGCUGCCGGGCUACCUGUCAGCUCUUUGUCAAGUCUCUUGUCCGCUUUGGCGGUUGGGACCCAGGAUGCUUUCGAUAGCGUCCAGGGCCUGGACCCAGACAUUCUCUCUGUGGCCCAACGAGCCUACAAAGAAGGCAAUCGGCUGGCCUUUCAGACAGUCUUCUUCGUUUCGAUCGCGUUCAGUGGCAUUGCUGUCAUCUUGAGUAUCUGGGCUCCGAACGUGGACAAUCUGAUGACCGAUCAAAUUGCGACCGUUCUUAAACACGACGGGAAAUUUGCCGCGGACGUGGAAAAGAGUGAAGUAAAGCUUGAACAAAAGGAAUGAUCUAG